AUGGCUACCCACCUCGCCGCCGUCUCCCUCGCAAAAGGUGAGCCCUUCAAGGUCCAACAUCGGUCUACACCAAAACCAGGCCCAGAUGAGCUCCUAAUCGAGGUCAAAUCUGUAGCCCUCAACCCGGCAGAUGGUUAUAUGCGUGAUCAAGGCCUCUUCAUACCCACCUACCCCACGGUGAUCGGCUUCGACAUCUCGGGUCUAGUCCUCGAGGUCGGCGAUAACGUCCCGGUCGGUCCUACUGGUGAGGGUUCAGGCCCUUUCUUCCAACCAGGAAUAACCCGAGUCGCUGCCUUUGCUGCGUCCUUUUGGAGGUCCUGCGACCCUGACUACGGCGCCUUUCAGGAGCGGUGCCUCGUCCCCUGGCAGCACGCCUUGCCUCUUCCAGAGGGUAUUUCUUGGAACGAAGCUGCAACCUUGCCCGUAGCUGUUGAGGUACCCCUUAACGCGUGGCAUGUUAUGGGGAUUGCACAAGUGGGAGAAGCCACUGCUUCUUCCGUCUCCACUGCCCCAGUUAGCCCCGAUACCACCGAAAGAACCCAGAGAAACAAGAAAGAAAAGAGAGAGGCCUUAUUAAUCUGGGGUGCUUCCUCCAGUGUAGGCACGAUGGGCGUGCAAAGUGCCCGACUGCUUCGAGAAGAUCCCGACUCUUCGUUCGCCGCCGUGUAUGCCACCGCCGGUGCUGGGAAUCAGAAGUACGUAGCAUCCCUUGGCGCGGAUCGAGUCCUCGAUUACAAAGAUCCGCAUGUUGUCGACGCGAUUGUUUCUGCAGCUAGACAAGACGGCCUAGUUAUUCGGCACUGCUUUCUUGCCACUGGGAAUCUGGCGCCAUGCCAGGCCGUACUUAAGGCUUUCAUUGGGGAUAAUCAAGGAGAAAAGCAGAAGGCAAAGAUCGGGUCGGCACCAAUUAUUCCUCCAGAUGCGGAGGAGGUGACUGGGGUGGAAACCAUCUUUGUGCUGCCGUCAAUGGACGAAGGCGAGAGGUUGGCUCAGUUCCAAUAUUGGAUGGGGACAUGGCUGAGAGUGAAUCUGACCAACGGGGCCAUCAGGCCGAGUCCAGAGCCAAGGGUCGUGGGAAAGGGGCUGGGGGCCAUUAAUGCUGGGUUGAAUGUGUUAUCCCAGGGGGUGAGUUGUACGAAGUUGGUCGUUGAGGUUGCGGAGUGA